CAGAAAGAAAAUAAAAAUAAAAAAAGGAUCGUCCGAGUUCUCAAAAAUGGCGAAAAAGAAAACCAAACCAGUCCCAACCAAUUCAGAUCCUCCUGAAAAAGAAGAUUGUUGCGCUGCUUGCUGCACCGCCACCACCACCGCCACCACCAUCAUCAUCCUCCUCACAAUCUUAAUCCCAUUCAUAUCCUUGGUCGUAUACCAAUUCAAACAACGCAUUCCAAUCAAACCAAUCGAUCUCUCCGUAUACGAACGAGGUCUUGUUAGAAUUAGCACUAAUUACAACGAAAUCCUCACUGAAAAUUCUAGGGUCUCUGAGAAUGCAUUGCGGCGGAGACUUCAUCCGUAUCCUACGUUGGGUUAUAUAACACCUUGGAAUGCGAAAGGAUAUGAGUUUGCAAAGAGAUUUAACUCUAAGUUUACACAUUUAUCACCUGUUUGGUAUGAUCUAAAGAGUGAAGGUAGUCGGUUUAUCCUGCAGGGGAGACAUAAUGCUGAUGUUGCGUGGAUUAAGGAUCUUAGAAAGAGUGGAGAUGCACUGGUAUUACCUAGAAUUGUUCUAGAAGUGUUUCCUAAUGAAUUGCUUAAAAAAAAGAAACGGAGGGAGGAAGCAAUAAAUCUUAUUCUAGAAGAGUGCAAGGAGAUGGACUAUGAUGGUAUAGUGCUAGAAUCUUGGUCAAGGUGGGCAGCAUAUGGCGUUCUGCAGGAUCCAGAAAUGCGAAGUAAGGCACUGCAGUUUGUCAAAGAACUAGGCAAAGCACUGCACUCAGUGAAUUCAGAGAGGAACGAUGAGAGUUGGCUACUAUUGGUUUACGUAAUUGGUCCACCUAGCUCGAUAAACCUACAAGAACAUGAUUUUGGGCCAGAAGAUCUUAAGAGCUUGAGCAAUGCUGUUGAUGGUUUUUCACUGAUGACAUAUGACUUCUCAGGUCCUCAAAAGCCUGGUCCCAAUGCACCUUUGAAGUGGAUUACGUCAGUGCUUCAAGUGCUUCUUAGUGGUAGCGGUGGCAAUUCAAAGGACUUGGCCCAUAAGAUAUUCCUUGGCAUCAAUUUUUACGGGAAUGAUUUUGCUGUCUCAGAAGGGGGAGGUGGAGCUAUUGUUGGUAUGGAAUACUUGUCCUUGCUGGAGAAGUACAAACCUGCUGUACAUUGGGACGAGAAGAGCGAGGAACACAUGUUUAUGUACACCGAUAACAAAGGAACCAAGCACACUGUUUUCUACCCAUCGUUAAUGUCAAUCUCAAAGCGAUUGGAGGAAGCUCGUCAAUGGGGUGCAGGUAUUUCGAUUUGGGAGAUAGGUCAAGGUUUGGAUUAUUUCUUUGAUCUUCUUUAGUUUCUCAUCAGGUUUGGAUACAAUCUUGAACAAAAUUGUGUAUUAAGAAUUUCCAACUCAGAGUUUGGAUUGUAAUGUUGUCAGAAUCUCAUCCUUAUGAAUCUACCUUUUAAGAAAGGGGAUGAUAGUCUAGUUUUAUCGAAGGGUAACUUUCAAUGCCUAUCCUCUAUGACACUCCUUAUCCCAUUUUUUUUUCUUUU